CUGUGGAAAAAAACCACCCAAAUUAAAUUAACUUCCGAGCUGAGGCCUGAGGUGUCAUAUGAUGCAGAAAAAUGGCUGCAGUGCAGUGGCGUUCGCAUGGCCGCAACUAUGACACAGAGCUGCAGAGGUGUCGUCUUGAGGCCGCUCUUGUCGAUUUUGGAGACUACCACCCACUCAAACCCAUCAUGGUGACCGAUACAAAGACCCGCCGUGGGACCCGCAAAGGCAGCACCUCUUCCUCUUCAUCCUCCUCUUCCUCAGCACCGCCAGACCCUCUGAGCUCCAUGCUGGACGGGACCGACCCCCUGUCCAUGUUUGCCGCGGCCUCGGCCAGCGAGACGCCACCCAUGUCCCACAGCAGCUCCACAGGAGACCUGGGGAGGAGGAAGAGAGAGAAGGAAGAAGAGGCAGUGGGACCAGAUUUUGAACCUUGGUCACUGAAGCGAGGGGAAAUCCUGGCCAGGUUCACCACCACCGAAAAACUCUCCAUAAAUCUGUUCAUAGGCUCUGACAGAGGAAAAGCCACCAGUCAAGGAUCGGCUGUUUCAGAGAAGGUUCGCACUCGUCUGGAGGAGCUGGAUGAUCUAGAGGAGGGCUCCCAGAGAGAGCUGCUGAACCUCUCGCAACAGGAUUACGCCAACCGCAUCGAGGAGCUGAACCAGUCCCUAAAGGAGGCCUGGUCCUCUGACCAGAAGGUCAAAGCCCUGAAGAUUGUCAUCCAGUGCUCCAAGCUUCUGUCUGACAAUUCGGUGAUCCAGUUCUACCCCAGCAAAUUUGUUCUCAUCACUGAUAUCCUUGACACAUUUGGCCGGCUGGUGUACGACAGGAUCUGGACCAUGUGUUCAGACCCACGACCUUUACCAGAUAAUUUCACAGUUGAAGAUGUGAAUGACACCGCAAAGGAGACGUGCCUCAACUGGUUCUACAAGAUCGCCUCCAUCAGAGAGCUCCUUCCCAGACUCUAUGUUGAAGCUGCCAUUCUCAAGUGCAACCGGUUCCUCAACAAAUCCGGCAUUCAGGAGACCCUUCCUCGGUUGACUGCCAUGGUCAGAGGGAUUGGAGACCCUCUGGUGGCUGCAUAUGCCAGAGCUUACCUCUGCAGGGUGGGCAUGGAGGUGGCCCCCCACCUGAAAGACAGCCUGAACCGCAACUUCUUCGACCUGCUCGGCACUUUUCGACAGAUCAGCAGCGAGAACGUCCGGGCCCAGCUGGUGCUGCAGAGGGUGGAGAUGCCCGAGUACCUGACACUCUACUCACCUGCCAUCAGCUGGAUCCUGCAGUGUAUCGCGUACAGAGCUCCAGAGUCUCUGCUAACAGAGAUGAUGGAGAGAUGCAAAAAACUGGGAAACAAUGCUUUGCUUUUGAAUUCAGUAAUGAGGGCGUUCAGGCCAGAGUUUGUUGCAGCCAGAGCCACAGACUUCAUCGGUAUGAUCAAAGACUGCGACGAGGCCGGCUUCCCAAAGCAUCUGUUGUUUGGCUCUCUGGGUCGCAGCCUGGCGUCUGCCGAUCCUCCAGAAUCCGAGAGGCUGACCAUCCUGAAUGAAGCCUGGAAAGUCAUCACCAAAGUCCGCAGUCCUCAGGACUACAUCAACUGUGCUGAAAUCUGGGUGGAGUUUACCUGCAGACACUUUACAAAACGGGAGGUCAACACGAUUUUGGCUGACAUCAUCAAACACAUGACCCCUGACCGAGCAUUCGAGGACGCCUACCCUCAGCUGCAGUCGGUGAUCAGGAAGAUCCUCACCUACUUCCACGACUUCUCUGUCCUCUUCUCCAUGGAGCGAUUCCUGCCAUUCCUGGACAUGUUCCAGAAGGACAGCGUGAGGGUGGAGGUCUGCAAAUCCAUCAUGGAGGUCUUCAUCAAACACCAGGUGGAGCUCACCAGAGACCCGGUGAUCCUCAACGCCAUGCUGCACAUCUGCAAGACCAUGCACGACUCUGUCAAUGCUCUUACUCUCGAAGACGAGAAAAGAUCUUUGGCUCUGCUGAUCAUCGGCUUCAUCCGCAUGGUUUCCUUUAGUCGUGACUUUGAGCAGCAGUUGAGUUUCUGUGUGGAGGCUAGAGCCACCUUCUGUAACCUGGAGCCUGUCCUGGUGCAACUCAUUCAUACGGUGAACCAGCUGGCCAUGGAGACCAGGAGGGUGAUGAGAGGGAAUCACUCCCGCAAGACAGCUGCUUUCGUCAGAGCAUGUGCCGCCUACAGUUUCAUCACCAUCCCGUCUCUCAGCAGCAUCUUCAGUCGACUCAGCCUCUACCUGUUGUCCGGUCAGGUUGCUUUGGCCAAUCAGUGUCUGUCCCAGGCCGAUGCUUUCCUAAAGGCAGCCGUAAGCAUUCUUCCGGAGGUUCCUCGCUCCAUCAGCGUGGAGGGAAAACUUCGCUCUUCUGAAAGCUUCCUCAUGGACUUUAUCAACAGCUUCUUGGCAACGCUGCUGGUUAUCCCGGACCAUCCAGAGCAUGGGGUGCUCUACUUAGUCCGGGGUCUGCUCAACAUGGUCCAGGAUUAUACCUGGGAAGACAACAGCGAUGCAAAGGUGCGGGUUUACAUCAGUGCUCUGCCCCUGCUGGCAGCCAUGAGCCAGGAAACCUAUCUGUACUCUAUCCCCAAAGUGGAUUCUAAUGACACGCUCUAUGGCGGAGAUCCCAAAUUCCUAUCAGAGAUCAACAAGCUGUGUGAGACUCUGAUUGGACAGAUCCUCGACCACCUGAAGACACUCGGUCGUGAUGAGCAGAGCACACGCCGCCAGGGCGCUCUGGCCUUCUCCCUGUUUGGUGUCCUGCUGGCUCACGGUGAUCUGAGGAACAACAAGCUGAGCCAGCUGGCAGUCAACCUUUGGAACCUCAGCCACAAACAUGGAUGCUGCGAGACCCGCACCUCCGUUCGGACUCUGGAGUUCAUCAAACAUCAGACUCAGCAGCCGGACAUGACUCAUCUGUCAGAUAUGGUCCAGAGGCUCACGCUGCAGUCUCGCACCUGAGCUCCACACUCAAUGACGUGUUACACUGCUCAAUUUAAAUUUGUGUAAAUAAAACCUAACAAAGGAAUUUUA